AUGAUCUGUAACAUCCAUGCCUUCUUUGAGCAAGAGAAGCGUGAUGGGCCAAUCAUGCUGGAAAGUGUAACAAAAAAGAACGGCAAUGGCGAUGCAGAAAAUCCCAACAAAAACAGCACAAAAAAGGACACGAUCCAGUAUCUGGACUCGCAUGAAAUCCCAUACGACAAGAAACUGUUAGAAGCAGAGAUGUUCAUGCUAAUAAAAGCAAGAAACCCGGCUUCGCAGUACCUGACUGACGUCUUCGCUAGUCAGCACAGUCGUGACGUUCUGAGAUUGCCUGUCGGUCUCUGCGAGUUGAACCCGAUCGAGCUGGUCUGGGCACAAGUCAAGGGCUAUGCGGCAUCUCAUAACAAGGAUUUCACCAUGGCGGGAAUUGAGCAGCUUGCGAGAGAAGGCAUUACGCAGGUUACAGCUGAGAAAUGGGCCAACUGUGUCAAGCACGUCAUUCAAGAAGUAGAAAAGCAUUAUCGAGAGACCGACGGGAUAGUUGAAGAAGCGGUCGACUAUGUUCUCAUUGAAGUAAGGCGUGAAGGAGAAGAGACUUCAGAAAGCGAAGAAACCUUUGUUUCUGGAACAGAUGACCCCUGUAGUGAUUAG